AACAGGAAAUUUGCAUGACACAGGACAGGAUGUUACAGACCAAUAAGAACUUGGUCAGACAAGAGACCAACCAAUCAACUAGUCGACUGGAAUUUUACUACGGAAUCAUUGAUAAAUCACUUGGGAUGGACAAACAGUGGAAUGACUCUUCAGCAGUCAGAGACAGAAGACAGACACCUGCUGCCUUCAGCAGCAUCUAUAACAAAGACCUGCUCCCAGCUUCAGGUGGUGAGGAGAUGACCAGGGGAUUUCUGCAGGAGCUGGUUAACAUCUUGUUGGAUUAUAUCUGCAAGUCAGGUCAGAGGAGCUCCAAGGUCCUGGACUUCCACCAUCCUCACCAGCUGAGGGAGGGACUGGAAGGCUUCAGUCUGGCCCUGCCAGAUAAACCAGAAACUGUGGAGCAGAUACUAGUGGACUGUAGAGACACACUCAAGUAUGGUGUCAGUACAGGUCAUCCCCGUUUCUUCAACCAGUUGUCUUCAGGUCUGGAUGUAAUUGGUAUCGCUGGCGAGUGGUUGACCUCUACAGCCAACACUAACAUGUUUACAUAUGAAGUGUCACCUGUUUUCAUCCUCAUGGAGGAGGUUCUGCUGAGGAAGAUGCAGAGCAUUGUGGGAUGGUCUAAUGAUGAGGGAGAUGGAAUCUUCUGUCCAGGAGGCACAAUAUCCAACCUGUACAGCAUCCUAGUGGCCAGAUAUCACUUCUACCCCGAGGUGAAGACCAGAGGGAUGAAAGCUCUCCCUCGGCUGGCCCUCUUCACUUCAGAGCAUAGUCACUAUUCAAUAAAGAAAUCUGUAGCCGUGCUGGGGAUGGGCAGUGAGAAUGUGGUCAUGGUGAAAUGUGAUGAAAGAGGGAAAAUGAUUCCUGCUGAACUCGAGUCUUGCAUUGUUACAGCUGAAGAAAAGGGUUUGGUUCCAUUCUAUGUGAAUGCAACAGCAGGUACCACAGUUUAUGGUGCCUUUGAUCCUCUCAGUGCCAUCGCAGACAUCUGCCAUAGACGCAAACUCUGGAUGCAUGUUGAUGCAGCGUGGGGUGGAGGCCUGCUGAUGUCAGACAGACACAGGAUGAAACUACAGGGCAUUGAACGAGCCUUGUCUGUAACAUGGAAUCCUCACAAGAUGAUGGGCGUCCCUCUGCAGUGCUCCGUCAUACUGGUUAAGAAGAGAGGUCUCUUACAAGAGUGUAAUGAGUUGGGGGCUGAGUAUCUUUUCCAGACAGACAAACCCUACGAUGUCAGCUAUGAUACUGGAGAUAAGAGUAUCCAGUGUGGCCGACAUGUUGAUGUCUUUAAAUUCUGGCUCAUGUGGAAGGCAAAGGGUUCAGAGGGCUUUGGAUCUCGGGUCAACGAAUGCUUAGAGAAUGCCGAGUAUCUGUACGAUCAACUACAGAGGAGGACAGACUUUGAACUGGUCUUUAACAACAAACCAGAGCAUAGUAAUGUGUGUUUCUGGUACAUCCCUCCCAGUCUGCGAGGCCUGCCACCUGGACCUGACAGAGAUACAAGACUCCAUCAAGUAGCUCCUCGAAUCAAAGGCAGGAUGAUGGAGAAGGGCUCUGUUCUGAUUGGCUACCAGCCUUUGGGAGCCAGAGUCAAUUUCUUCAGGUGUGUGUUCUCCAAUCCUGCUACACAGCAAGAGGACAUUGACUUCCUGCUGGGUGAGAUUGUCCGGCUCGGCAAUGACCUGUGA